AUGCAUGAAGCUCUCGUCUGCUCUCUACAGGAGAGGACUGUCCUGUCACGAGAUUCCUACCUGUUCCGAUUCUCGUUGCCCACAGAUAAGAGUUUUGGCCUUCCUAUCGGUCAGCACAUCCGAAUCACUGCCGAGAUAGAUGGCUCCCCAGUCUCCCGGAGCUACACGCCUACCAGCAAAGAGUCUGCUACAGGACACUUUGACCUGGUUGUCAAGGUCUAUAGAAGGCAAGACAGACUGAGAGGCCAAAUGUCUCAGUAUCUCGAGUCUCUCAAAGUUGGUGAUACUAUUGAUGUGUUUGGGCCAAAAGGGAUGUUUCGGUAUAACAAGGAUGGCACUUGCAACAUCGAUGGCAGAGAUGUGGCCGUGAAGAAGUUCGGGUUCAUCUGUGGAGGCAGCGGCAUCACUCCCGCGUUUCAGACCUUGCAGGCUAUUCUCGACAACCCGCAAGACAAGACAAGCUCCUGGUUGAUCUCCGCGAACCAAAAGGAAGAGGAUAUUCUACUCCGGGCAGAACUUGACAGAUGGGCUCAAGAGCACGGCGAUCGCUUCAAGUGCUUCUACACUUUGGACAGUGAACCUUUGACAGGAUGGAAGUUUGGAAGCGGAUACGUGAACGAGGGUAUGAUCGCCGAGCACAUGCCGGCACCAGGGCCGGAUACGAUCGUGUGCCUUUGCGGACCUCCGGUUAUGAUCGACGACACUUGCAUCCCACUCUUGAAGAAGGCCGGAUUCAAUGACGAGCAAAUCUUUGUAUUCUAA